AUGCAAGCUUUGGAAGCCUACGAAAGUCGAACAGCGGCUGAACGCCAGAGUUUUUUCGAUGCCUUACCGUCCCGACCUGUACCAAGAUCGGAAGCGUUGACGGUCUCACUGAAAGCUGACGAGUCCCAGCUUUUGGAGCUUAACCCGGAUGAAAUUCCGAGUCGCACACGAUCGCUGCAGACGCCGGUUGUCACUGAGGUGCACGGCAGCUUGACCACCGAGCAGAUCAGCGCAAAGAGAAAAGAGGACGAAGCGUACUGCCGCAAACAUUUUGAUAACCAUGUUGCUUCAUCCAGUCUUGCUGUUAUUCUGACGAAACUGGGUGGGACUGCAUUUCUGAACAAAUUUAAUACUCUCACGGAUAGUGCUUCGAGAACACUGCAACUUGAAGAUCUGACGCCGAAACGCGGAAAAGGCCUGAAAGACCGCGUUUUGGAAGGGUUCAAGGCGGAAUCCAAGAACAAUCAGUCUGCGACUUCUUCAGGAACACGACCACGUGAGAUAUACAUAAACAAUCGUUACUGGUUAUCUGCUUUGGCUAGAAUUGCCCUUCCAGAGCCUUUACGGUCCCAGUCAGAAGUGAUGGAGUUCGUACCAGGCCCAGGGGACUACUUGCCACCGCAACGAGGCUACGAGAAACAGCGCAAAUACGAUGCAGCGCUUCGUCCUAGCGCCGCCGACUCCAUGACGAUCUUCAAUGUCCUCGUGAACAUUGAGUACACAUCAUUCGAUCCCCCGUCCUACACACACAACCCUCUGAUCGGCACUUCAGUUGAAAUAGGCAAAUAUCAACAGGCAAUCACGAAUGCCGUGGAUUUGUUGUCGAUGCAAGGCACUCGACUCUACAUCCCCACCCUGUCAUUCCAUGGCAAAGGCGAGAAAGCAAAGCUAUUUGUCUCCAUUCUGAACCAGGAUCGUCCUGCCUGCACCUGUACACGGGGUUUUUUUUAA